AUGACCCUGACUAACCUCACAGGGGGCCCCCAAUUCCUGCUACUUGGCCUAAUGGACGGCACAGAUGACCACCCGCUGUUGUUCCUGCUCUUCUUCAGUGUCUACCUGCUUAAUGCCCUGGGAAACCUGAGCAUGGUGGUGCUGGUGAGGUCCGACAGGGCUCUGUGCUCCCCCAUGUACUAUUUCUUGGGUCACCUGAGCCUCGUGGAUAUCUGCUUUACCACUGUUACGGUCCCCCUCCUGCUGGCCAGCCUGCUGCGCCCCGGCCAGGCCGUGUCCUUCCAGGCAUGCUUUGCCCAGAUGUACUUCUUUGUGGCGCUGGGCAUCACCGAGAGCUACCUGCUGGCAGCUAUGUCCUACGACCGCGCGGUGGCCGUGUGCCGCCCCCUGCGCUACAGCGCAGUCAUGACCCCCUGGUGCUGUGCCGCGCUGGUGGCGGCCUCCUGGGCGGUGGCUCACCUGCACUCGCUGCUGCACACGCUGCUCAUCUCCGCGCUCUCCUACCCGAGCUCAGCCCUUGUGCACCACUUUUUUUGUGACAUGACGGUGAUGCUGAGCUUGGCGACUUCGGACAAGUUUGCCGCGGAGACUGCCAUUUUCUCUGAGGGCCUCGCGGUGGUGCUGGCCCCGCUGCUCCUCGUGUCCUUGUCCUACGCGCGCAUCCUGGUCGCGGUACUCCAAGUGCGGUCCGCGGGGGGCCGGCGCCGGGCCUUCUCCACCUGCGGCGCCCACCUGGUGGUGGUGUUGCUUUUCUUUGGCUCUGUCCUCUCUGUCUAUUUCCGACCCUCCUCUGCCUAUUCUGCGCGCUACGACCGACUGGCCAGUGUGGUCUAUGCUGUAGUCACACCGACCUUGAACCCUUUCAUCUACAGUCUUCGCAACAAGGAGGUUAAAGGUGCUCUAAAGAGGGGGCUUGUGUGGAGAGCUGCACUCCAAGUGUAA